UCUGUAGUAAAUCAAGCUGGGUUUACAUAUCAAUACAUCCAGGCUUCCCUUUGCUAGUUUACUCCAUGCAUUCCCCCUUUGAUUAGGUUCAUUUGUUAAAUACGAAAUAAAGAAAUAAAAAAAACCUAUCUUCAUGUUGGUUAAGAUCAAAAGUGGUUUACACAGGAGUUUUCACUAACUUCUAUAUUGUUGUUUCUGUCAAAAACCUUUUUUGUUUUUUUUAAAUGCAUGUUUACUUUUAGGUCGCUCCCAACUGCCUGCCCUUAUGAUGCCCCAGUGUUGGCAGCAGUCACUUUGAAUACGAUGUCUGCCCAUUCUGUGUCUGUAGACAAAUAUCAAGAGGGAGAUCAGCAGAUGCAGAUCAUGGAGCAGUCAGAGAGUGACCUUGAGAAGGGCUUUGCCAGUGAAAACACCGGAAGCUCCAGCAGCCCUGCAUCCACUGAACCACAAACACAAAUGGAUGUCUACAAAGCCUGUAUAUAUAGACAUCCCCUCUUCCCUCUCUUAGCCCUGCUGUUUGAGAAGUGUGAGCAGUCCACUCAGGGCUCUGACUGCGUAACCUCUGCCAGUUUUGACGUUGACAUUGAAAACUUUGUACGCGUUCAGGAAAAAGAUGGCAAAGCCUUCUUUAGUGAAGACCCAGACCUUGAUAACUUGAUGGUCAAGGCCAUCCAGGUGCUGAGGAUUCAUCUAUUAGAGCUUGAGAAAGUUAGUGACCUGUGCAAGGACUUCUGCAGCCGUUACAUUACCUGCCUUAAGACCAAGAUGAACAGUGAGACACUUCUGAGUGGAGAGCCAGGCAGCCCAUACUCUCCAGGCCAUGACCAAUUGUCCAAUGCUUUCUCAGGUGUCCUCAGUCCCCAGGGCAUUGUGGUGCCCUCACAAGGUCUUCAACAAGGCAGUGUUACAGUGACCACGGUCAACCCAUCUCAUGUGGUCACAGGUAAUACAGUAUAUCAGCCAGUGACUGUAGUCACACCACAGGGGCAAGUGGUGACACAAGCCAUCUCACCUGGAACCAUACACAUCCAGAACUCACAGGUUUGGAUGACACUCCAGCAGAGCACACACACACAUUUACUCAGAUCACGAGCAGACUCUCUGAUCAGUGACUCCUUCUACUUCCUGCAGCUCCAGCUUCAGCUCAAUCAGGACCUGAGUUUCUUUGGGGCAGAUGACAGCUCACCUAAAAACAAGCGUGGGGUUCUCCCCAAACAGGCUACCAAUGUCAUGCGCUCCUGGCUCUUCCAGCACAUUGCGCACCCCUAUCCCACUGAGGAAGAGAAAAAGCAACUUGCAAUUCAAACAAACCUGACUUUACUCCAAGUCAACAAUUGGUUUAUUAAUGCUCGAAGACGGAUCUUGCAGCCAAUGCUAGAUGCCAACUCCACAGAGAUGUCUAAAGCCAAGAAGAAGAGCGCUCCGAGCCGCCCGCUUCACCGCUUCUGGUCUGACUCCAUCGCCUCAUCUGAAACCCAGCAGCUGCUCACAAUGCCAGACGGUAGUAUGGUUACAGUGGGGAUGAACGUCGAUGGCUUCCAGACGCUUUCAUCAGAUGGCGCAGCUCUUGCCAUGCAGCAAGUCAUGAUGGGAGAUCACAGCGAGGAUGAAUCCGAGGAAAGCAGCAAUGAAGAUGAGGCAGAUUUGUCAUCUGCUGACAUGACCGGGCUGGGUUUAGAUGUUAGUGAAUAAGACACAUGGACCUCAGGUCACACACUGCAUGCUUACGUUUACAUGACACUUGUGGCAAGAGAUCCAGUCCCCUCUCAGCAAAGCUGAUACUUGUGCACUACAAAAACAAAAAAUUAAGAGUACUGUAUGUUGGCUUAUAUGUUACUCACACAAACAUUUAACAGAGAGCAAAAUGUUACGGAAACAUGCAGAGCGAGGAGUUGCAUUUCUGCACCUGGUUUUAUUGCAUAGACCUGCAGGUGCGUGCACUUUUAUAUAGAGACAAUUCACAAAGAUUGCAACAGUAGAACAUAGGGGAAAGUUUUAUGUUUCUGUAGUGAAUGUUAGUAAUGGAUUUCUUCUAUAUUAACUCGUUUGAAUGCCAAGAUUUUAAGAGUGUGUCGUUGUGCUGGUUUUAUUCACACUGCAUGUUCAUGUUUUCUUCAGUAUGCCACGCCUGUAGAGUGGCUCCAAGAUGGAGUUCGAGAGAAGAGAUGAUUAUUUUUAUAUGAAUGUUGUAAAAAGUGUUGCUUUUUUU